GAGACUCGGAAACGACCAAUUCCAUCUGCUUUCCACUCGAGAAUCAACAGCUGUACAUCGCAUGUUCUCUGCAAUCUUGCGGAGUUGCAAUCCUCAGGAAUAAUCAGGAUUUUCUUAAUCUUUAAGGGGAGUAGCAGGAGGAAGGAGCUGCAUUAUGGUUUUUGUUGGAAGCGGUUCUUUUUGGUGAAAAGGCUCCUUGGCUUUAAGAACGGCCCCGGCGUAAAGCGACAAGUCCUCCAUAAACAGCUCACCGCGGCACCGCGGCCCCGCCCGAGAUACCUUGGCUUGCAAGCUUGGUGCGAGCGGAGGGAGGCAGCCAUCCAUCCACACGGAUGGACCCAGGACAGAGUUGAUGGCACCGGCGGAGGACGCCGCUCCAUUCAAUCACCUGAGACAGAAACUCGACCCGAGCAGAGCCACAAGGACGGGCUAAGAGCCCAUGGCCUGCAUGAGAGGCACCCGUUGCUUCAUCCAUCUAUCUCUCUUCUAAAUCACCGGCGACUAUUAUUCGAUAUAAAUUAAAAGGAGAGCGUUCGAAAUUUCCCACCUUUAUGCUCAUCCUUCCCCGGGAGGUGAUCUCGCUGUACAGUAGCUAGAACCAGAACUCGUGAGGCGCCAUAGCUCGCAUUCGCCGUCCGCCUGAGUCCUGACAGAGCGCGCAGAAGUCCAUCCAGUAGACUCUCCUCAAGUCCUUUCUUCCCCUUUUGAAUAAUAAUGUACUGGUCGAGUCAGUUUUGGUAUUUAUUUGGGCCCAAAUUCAUGAUCUGCUGCGGCAGCCGGCACCUUCUGCACCUAGCGUAAGUCUACGGGGCCGAAGUUAAGCUGAGGGCGCUUUAGUAAAUACUGGGGCUUUAAAACUUUAAGAGAAUUAAAGAUAUAUCUCGUUUGACCUUCGUAGUACUUGCAGCCUCCAGAACGAAACGAGCGGUGGUGUCAGUGGGUACGAGACACCGGACAGUACCAGCCCCACUCAGCACUUAUUUAAACUCCUCAUUCACAUCGACACGCUUGCGGUCGACUUGCAGGGGCUUCAGAUCCUCGUUCCGAAGGCCUGGGCAUCAGCUCCCUGACGGCCUGAGUCCCUCCUCGGCCUACCGAGCGCAGAGAGCAAAGGCAAGGAGAUAGAGAGACGGGGUUGCACAGCUGCAGCAGCAGUGGAGAGGCCCUCGCUUGCCUCCUACCCUCCUGCUCCAGACCGCUUUGCCGGGCUUAUGAUCUCUCGUAGACUGUCGUCGUAAUUCUCAUCUGAUAUCGUCGUCCACCGAGUGAAGCUUGAACCAAUUCUCGGGGUCUGUGCUCUCAGACACAGUCUCGAGCGGAUCGCGAGCAGUUCUGGAGCAGCGUCGAAGGUGGUGACACCACUCGACUUCGGGACGGACGAGCUAUGGGUUCACGUGGCUUCAGGAUGCAGCUCUUCGCGGUGGCUGUGAUUUUGCAGUUGGCGAUUCAGUCGGUACCGUCCGCUUCUCUGGGUUUGGAUGAUUCGGCAUACUGGGCAGCUGUGGAAAGCAAGCGAGCUUUGGGGCCGCAAGCCACCAGCGAGGCCACCGGGGACUACUUCAAGGCCGACUUGACACACUUCCAGCACUCGAUGUCGAAUCUCAGUCUCUCCGAGCGGGUUCGAAUGGCGGUGAAGAGGAGCAAAGAGAGACUGAACUAUUUUCAGAGUCAAAUUUCAAAGCGCAGCGUGCUUCGGCCUGAGGCCACAUACGCCACGUCCGUGUACUCGAAUCAAGGUAGCUACUUGAUGAGCAUAGAGAUAGGCACUCCAGCCAGGAGCUAUGUGGCAAUUGCGGACACCGGCAGUGAUCUCGUGUGGAUUCAAGGCACCCCAUGCACGCAGUGCUUCCAACAGCCGGACCCGUUCUUCAACAGCGCAGACUCCUCGACAUACAAACAAACAGGUUGUAGUGACGAGCUGUGCGCUGCUCUCCCCCGCAGAACAUGCUCUACUUCUACGUGCGAGUACGCCUACGCGUACGGGGAUCAGUCUACAACGCAGGGAGAGUUCGGCCUCGAUACUGUCACCUUGAGGACCUCCUCCAACGCCGCCCAGACAUUCCCCAACUUCGGGUUCGGUGUGGGACACAAAAACCAGGGCACCUUCUUAGACACCGACGGAUUGGUAGGCCUCGGCCAGGGCCCUCUGUCACUCGUCUCUCAGCUCGGCUCGCAGUUCGGGAACAUUUUCUCGUACUGCCUUGUGGAUUUCUACAGCUCGUCCUCUGUGACGAGCAAGUUGCUAUUCGGAAGUGCUGGAGGGUCGCCCAAGUACACUCCCAUGGUCACGAACGUCGCAAAUCCCACCUUCUACUACGUGAACGUGGUGGGCAUCAAUGUAGGCGGCUCGCCCUUGAACUACCCAUCGUCAGCCUUCGCCAUAGACGGCUCGGGUAACGGAGGCUUCAUAUUGGACUCGGGAACCACCGUGACGCAGCUCCCGAUGGAAGCGUACACACCUCUCGUGCAGCGUCUGACCAGUUUGAUAUCCUACCCGGUCGUUGAUGGGUCGAGAAUUGGGUUCGACUUGUGUUACGAUCUGUCCGCUGUUGCCCAGCCCACCGUUCCUAGCAUCGUCUUCAAGUUCCAAGACGUGGACGUCGAUCUCCCAGGUAACAACAUGUUCCUGCAAAUCGACAAUGCGGGCACCUUCUGCCUGGCCAUGCAAGGCUCAUCGUACAGCCUCGGAAUUUUCGGAAACGUGCAGCAGCAAAAUUUUGAAGUCGUCCACGACCGAGCGAACAGGAAAAUUGGAUUUGAACCCAAGAAAUGCUGAAGAUCCCCGCCGUCCAGGCGUUUAGGAACCGACGAGUACAGGAGAUCCAAGGUUCCGUGAAUCCCGUACGAGGUGGGGAGGAAGUUAUGACCUUUGUCUUUCACACUGGUACUCGCCCCAGGAUGUUUAGGGUUUAGGUGAAUAUGUGCUCUCCUGAGCCUGCGUUCUGGGAUCACCACGGUGCUCUCCGAUCUUUAUCGAGAUCAAGAGAGCAAAUUCUGCGCGCUAGAGACACCCGAAUCAAUUAGCUGACGGAUAAGCACGCAGGGGAGGAGAGCGGAAGGUGGACUGCCGUGGACGCUCAUACAAUCAUCCAUGUGCUGUGUAAUUGAAUUCCUGGUGAGAGAAGCGGGAAUUCAACAAUGUUGUGAAGAAACAGAGCUUCGAAAGAGAAGCUGUUUAGAUAGUAGGUGGGAAAUGGUCAUGUGCACGUCUGUUGCGUCGCAUGUAUCGCCCCCAGAGAUAAGUAGCACUACAGAUCUCAGUGUUCAUAAAAAAAUUCAAUAAAAUAUCUUCCAAGUCUCAUGGUCGACUUCGAUGUCUGAUGCCGUCGUUUAAAGCUCAAUGACA